AGCGCGCGCGGAGGCGGUCCGGGGCUGCCUCAGUUUUUCUGUAAUCGCUUUUCUGCUGCUACCUCCAGUUAAAUAGCUAGGACAACGGGAGCGAGCAGACGGCCGUGUGUGUGUGUGUGUGAGAGAGGGGGGAUAUACUUUUUCUUCUCGGUACCUUUUGGGAUUUACGACGCGAGAAUCGCAGCAUCGACGUCCGACCCGCCAGGUAAGGUUCAAAAACAGGGCCCACGAUGUCCAGCGAAGUGCAGAGACCGGACGACAGCCCCAGCACCAGCGGGGGAAGCUCAGACAUUGAACAAAGGGAAUCGGUACCACCCGAACAGGAGCGAGAGCAAGCACAGCCCAAAAAGAAGGAGACCAAGAUCUCGAGUAAAACCGCUGCUAAACUUUCAACUAGUGCCAAGAGGAUUCAGAAAGAGCUCGCAGAAAUAACACUAGACCCGCCUCCAAACUGCAGCGCUGGCCCCAAAGGAGACAACAUCUACGAGUGGAGGUCGACCAUCCUGGGACCCCCGGGCUCCGUGUACGAGGGAGGCGUCUUCUUUCUGGACAUCGCCUUCACGCCAGACUACCCGUUCAAACCCCCCAAGGUAACGUUUCGUACGAGGAUCUAUCACUGCAACAUCAACAGUCAGGGCGUGAUCUGUCUGGACAUCCUGAAGGACAACUGGAGCCCCGCCCUCACCAUCUCCAAGGUGCUGCUGUCCAUCUGCUCCCUGCUCACAGACUGUAACCCAGCCGACCCUCUGGUGGGAAGCAUCGCCACACAGUACCUGACCAACAGAACAGAGCAUGACAGAAUAGCCAAACAAUGGACGAAGAGAUACGCCACAUAGACUCUCCGCCACAAAACACCUUCCCAUCUUCCUUUAACCUCCCUCACCCCUUCACUGUACCUCUCUCUACCUCUCGCUCUCACCCAUAGUCUGUCAAAGCACACUCACUAAGUGCAACGGUAUACCUGCCCUCCUCUCCUCCUCCUCCUCUUCUUCCUCCUCCUC